AUGCCCCUAUAUGCCAAGUUUUUGAAGGAACUUAUUAAUAAGAAGAGAAGCUGGCAAGAGAAUGAAACCAUACUGCUCACUGAAGAAUGCAGAGCAUUAAUCCAGAAAGGACUUCCCCCUAAACUUGAAGAUCCUGGAAGUUUCUUUCUACCUUGUGCCAUGGGUAGUAUGACCAUCAACAAGGCAAUGUGUGACUUAGAGGCUAGUAUCAAUCUGAUGCCUUCCUCUCUAGUGAAAAAACUAUGUAUAGAAGAAGUGAAACCAGUACAAAUGUCUUUAGAAUUGGUGGACAAGUCAGUGAUAUGUCCCAAGGGUGUGAUUGAGAACCUUCUAGUAAAGGUAGACAAAUUCAUAUUCCCUGCUGAUUUUGUGGUCUUAGAUUCAGAUGAGGAUGACGGUGAUUUCAUUAUACUAGAAAGACCAUUCUUGGCCACUGCUAGGGCCAUUAUAGACGUAGAGAAAGGAGAGUUGACCCUCAGAAUGCAUGAUGAAAGCGUCACCCUGAAUGUAUUUCCGGAAACACAGCUCAUUGAUGAAAUGAAGGAGUGCAUGGAAACUGACAAAGAAGACUCACAGUGGAAGGAAGGAGUCAGCAAGACGAUCAGUAGUUACCUUCCAAAGCAAGAAAUAGAUAACACAGCAGGACAAAAAGAGAAAGAGAUUGUGCAGAGUGAUGAAGAAAUUCAAGAAGACAUUGAAAUGUUAGCCACUAAGAAGAAAAGUCCCAAAGUAAAGCCCACUUGCCAGGAGAAGGCAUCAACAAAAAGAGGGAAGAAAAACACGAACAAAACCAAAAAGGGUUGGAAGAACAAAAAGAUUCCAACAGAGGGGUUCUCUAAGGGUGAUGAAGUACAAUUGAUCUAUCAACAAUUGGGAGCAAGUCAACAAGCUGAUGACUACUAUACUGUCAACAAAAUACUCUCACUAGAGCAUGCCGAAAAUGAACAUCAAGGAACAAAGAAGAAGCUCACAGUCAGGGGGGAUAAGCUGAGACACUACAGUCAUCAACCACCAUAA